AUGGCGUUAACUCGUGCCGGAGCCAGGACCUUUAGGAAUUCCGAGGAACUAAGAAAAGGGGAGGAUAUAUCACCCGCAUUGAUCGGGGCAAUCCAAGGGUCUAGGAUCUCUCUCGUCGUCUUCUCAGAGAACUAUGCGGAUGUCAGGCAUCAGAAGGGUAGUUUUGGCAACGCAUUUGAGAAACAUGAAGCUCUAAAUAGACGAACACAAGAUGAGAUAUCUGGCUGGAGAUCUGCUCUUCGACAAGCUGCAAAUUUGUCUGGCUGGGAGGUCAAGACCGAUCAGUAUGUAAUGUAG